CCAUGUAAUUCUGUAAAUAGCCUAUAGUAUAUAAGUAGUAGUACCUAAGCACCUUAUACCAUGUAAUUAUGUCGAUAGCCUAAUUAUUGACGAUAACAACUUAUGCUUCUGUUUGUUAUCGAUUUACAUUUUGAUUAUGCUCUGUGUUUCAAAAGAAAUCUAAGUCGGACACCUGUGAAGAAGAGAAGCUAACACGAGCUCAAUGAGUGUAAAAAUAAAAGAAACAAAUAAAUAAAGUGUUUAAAAUAAAUUCAAACCGCCUACACCACUCACUACAAACUCAGAAGUGGGAUAUUAGAGAAUUUUUUUUUUCCCUGCGAAAAAAUGGAAUUCAUGGAAGAAGAAUUGUCUUUAACAACAUUGCAGGCUUUGUGCAGGAAUUUUUUUUUGUCUACAGACGGAACAAAACGGCAGUUGGUUCUUCGUUUAAAAGAUGUGCCUAAAGAGGAACUCACAAAAAUGAUAGAGGUGGAAACAACAAAAGAAUACGACAGUACCGUUAUCCAAAAACAUUUGACUGUCGAUGGAGGACAGUCAGUGGUACAUAAAGAAAAUCUACAGGCAAGUGAAAAUGUAAAGAAUACCGCAAAAUUAGAGGGCACAAGUAAGAACGACAAUGCAGACACAAAAGUUAUGACAACCGAAAAUAUUCCGAACAACAACAAAAACCAACGAACUCCAGAAAAAGAAAAACACAAAUUGCAGCACACUUCGAACCCCAACGAAGAGAUAUUAAGUGGCAGAUUUGACCGACGAGUAAACAACUACAACAACUUCCGCAGUGCAGAAUUUACUUUGGAGGCGUCACUGAAAGAAAAAGAAAUGGAGCUAUUGAAAAAAGAGAAUGAGUUGCUAAAACGUGAACAAGAACUCUUACGCAAAGAGAACCAAAUGUUGAGAUCAGUUGAUUGCGCAGCUGAGCAGUCUGCAGCUGCUGGUAUUUCUCUUAGCUUGGUAAGCAACUUUAUCUCAAAUUAUGAUGGUAAAACCGAUGGCACAUUUUGGGUUACCCAGCUGCGUGAUAUUCAAAAGACAUACAUGUUGUCUGACAACAUGUUGAGAGCAUUGUUCGCAACAAAGUUGAUUGGCAGAGCGCAGGUAUGGCUACACUCGCGACGAAACACUUCAGACGAAAAUCUUGAUGAACUUUUUCAACAAUUCUGCUUGAUGUUCGGCACCAAAGAAACAAAAUUAGAGCUUCGCAGAAAUUUUGAGCGCCGUAAAUGGAGUUAUGGUGAACAUUUUACUGACUACUGUAAUGACAAAAUAAUGUUGGCAAGCAAGCUCUCUUUAGAUGAAGAUGAAUUAGUGGAGUACAUAGUGGAUGGUAUACCAAAUAUACAGAUACGCAUGCAAAUGUCUUUGCAACAACACACAAGUACCGACGACUUGUUGAAGUCACUUGCAAAUGUUAAGUUAAGCAAACCAUCAACAGCCCAACAAACAACACAGAAAAAUAAAGAAAAUACAGAAGGUAAACAACCAACAACGAGAGUCGGCGUUCGUUGUUAUAACUGCAACAGCGUAGGUCAUUAUGCAGCCGACUGCAGCAAACCUCGUCGACAGCCUGGGACGUGCUAUGCGUGUGGCAGCGAAGAGCAUAUGGUCAGCGAUUGUGAAUUAAAUAAGAAGAAGAACGAUGAGAAAAUGAACCAUUAUAAUGCCUGAUAGACUCUGGUAGCCCGAUCAGUAUGAUAAGACAAGAUGUUUUACCGAAUGAAGUACAGACUUUUGAAUUUAAUAAUUUUUCAUUUUAUGGCAUAAACAAUUCUAAAUUGAAAAUACAUGGAAAAUGUUUUUGUUACAUUGAAGUACUUAAUAAAAAAAUGAAAUUUGAA